AUGAGCAAAAAGAAGAAGAAUAAACAAGAACUGGUAGAACUCGAGACACAAUAUGAACAAUUGUCAAAGGCACAAGAGGAAUUAAAACAGAAGAUGCAACUAUUAGAACUUGCCCAGAAAAAGUCUAACUUGUCGAAUAAACCAACCGAAAAGCCCGAAGCCAAAGCAAGUACCAGUGGUGAAACUGAACUGUCUGGUCUUAAUGCAAGUAUUUUUCGAAGGGAGUUUAAGAUACAAGGUCAGAUUGGUGAACCCGGACAGAAAGACAAAUUGACCUAUCAGUCGUUAAUCUCGCAGAUCGAAACCGGGUUAAAGAAAGGCUAUACAGAGCCCGAAGUAGUUACUGCAGUUAUUCGCUCCAUUCAAGCUGGAUUACAACUACGCAGCUACUUGGAGGGACUGAGUGGAUUAACACUGCCAAAACUGCGUAAAAUGCUCCGUUUCCAUUUUCAGGAGAAGAGUGCCACUGAGUUAUACCAGCUCUUAGCGAAUAUUAGCCAAUCACCAAAGGAAGACCCGCAGUCGUUCCUUAUUCGCGCUUUGACCACUCGACAAAAGAUUGUCUUUGCAUCACAGGAAUCGGACAGUAAAAUUAAGUAUGAUGAAGAAUUGGUUCAAGGACUAUUCCUUCAUGCUGUCGAAACUGGCCUAGCGGAUGAGACUAUUCGUGCAAAGAUCAGACCCCUGUUAAAGAAUCCUUCUGUGGCUGACGAAGAUUUAAUCGAAGCGAUGAGCCUAGCUAUGUCAGCAGAAUCGGA